AUGGACGAUGGUGAGGUUUUUAAAGCGCCUUUCAUAUUCCCAAAUAAAGACAAGUAUGAGGAGGAGUGCAAAAGGACACCUGAGGGUGUACUUGAGAGGAACGGUCAUGGAGUCCACACUGGCACCAACGGAACUAUAUACGUCGGCAGCUGGAAAAAUGACAAGAUGAAUGGUACUGGAAGGCUAGAACCUUCUGGGACAGUUUAUGAAGGUGAGUUCAAAGACAACAUGUUUCAUGGGUCUGGAACCUACACAUUUCCAAAUGGAGCAAAGUACAUUGGACCAUUCAAGGAAAACAAGAUGGAAGGUGAAGGAGACUUUAUAGGAAAGUGGAGUGGCACAUUUCAUGGCUCGGCAGCAAUGGGACUGAAGCAGAAUUUGAAAAUAUAG